AGGCGCGGAAGUUGGUUUAGUAGGAAUGUUGGGGGAAUGCGGUAUGCUGGAACGAGACAGAAGGGGGCUUCGGAAAUGCUCUGUGACUCUCUGUAAAGAGAUGGUGGUAGACGAGCUGUUCAUUCAGUCGCUGCAGACAGACGACAUUCUUACCGACAGCAUGGCAGAAAGCAUCCUGGUGGAGCCGACCUCCCACAAGCGGAGCUGGCGUCUGCUGUCCCUGCUUCCCAAGCGUGGUCCCAGAGCCUUCAGCAGCUUCUGCUCAGCACUGAGAGACACAGAGCAGCAGCACCUAUGUGCCCUGCUCACAGAGUCACCAGAGAGGGACGGAGAGAGACAGUGUCCCCAGACAGCUAAGGCGAAAGACAGGGCUGAGGAGGUGAUUUCCACAACAUACCCAAUCCAAGCUUCAGACCGCUACGCCCCAUUCACAAAGACCCCAGUCAAAGACAGUGAGGAAGAGAGGGAUGAAGAGAAAGAGAGAUAUGUGGACUCUCCCCUCCCACUGCCCACCCAGGAGGGGAUGGUUCCAGCCAAGAGAGCCAGAACACAAGAGUCAAUGGAGAUGUGUCUGGAUGCAGACAGUCCCAUCACCAGCCCUGUUCUUCCCUGUACACCAGACUUCUACCUAAAACACUGCCAACAGUCCUAUAGUAUGGUGUCCAGUCCUCGUGGCCUGGCCUUGGUGAUCAGUAACGUCUCCUUUGACCCCUGUGCUGCUCCUGACCUGGACUCCAGGAAGGGAGGGGAGGUGGACGUGGAGGUCCUCAGGAAGGUGUUCACUGAGCUGGACUACAUAGUCACCGUCCGGAGAGACCUCACAGCUCCGGGCAUGCGGGCGUGCAUUGAGCAGUUUGGCAGACAGCAGCAGCACCAGACCGUAUCCAGCUGUGUGGUGUGUCUGCUGUCCCAUGGAGUAGAGGGGGCUAUCUACGGCACAGACGGACAGCUACUGGAGUUGGACUGGGUGUUUGAGGCGUUUGACAACGCCCACUGUCCUCUACUGCAGAAUAAACCCAAGAUGUUCUUCAUCCAGGCCUGCAGAGGAGAGGAGAUGGACUGUGGGGUGGAGCAGUCAGACGGGCCAGAGAGGACCCAGUCUCCUGGCUGUGAACAGAGGGAUGCAGGGAGGGAGGGAGAGGGGGAUGGAGACACCAGGCAGACGGAGGAGAGAGGCAGGCUCAUAGUCAAACUGCCCCAGCGCUCCGACAUGAUCUGUGGCUUCGCCUCCCUCAAAGGCACUGCAGCCAUGAGGAACACCAAGAGAGGAUCCUGGUUCAUCCAAGAGGUCAACUCAGCACUCCGCUUCAGAGCCAGAGACACACACCUAUCAGAUAUACUGGUGCAGGUGAAUGGUCGUAUUAAAGACAGAGAAGGCUAUGCUCCUGGCACCCCCCACCAUCGCUGUAAGGAGAUGUCUGAAUUCACCAGCUCCCUCUGCAAAGACCUCUACCUGUUCCCCAAGUACCACCCUCAGUACUGACACGCACACAUUUCUGCACCCCUACAGCACCACACCCACUACUGACACACACACAUACUGUUACACACAAUCAUAGAGGAUUAAUUCAUUCACAUUUGCUGUGCAAAUUCCCUCUCACAGACAAACUCUUGGAAAGGAAAAUGGAACAAGUUGUUGUAAAUCUAUGUGCUUGGUAAUGGGCAUGAAGUAUACAUGACUGGUAUGCAGCUGUUGUGUGUACCUACCUAUCAACUAGGCUUGCUAUAUAUGUAUCUGUGCCAAUUAGAAAUGGGAUUGAAAUGUUCUAGGAAAUAUUUUUAGCUCGCUAACACACCAGAAUAUAUUUAAAUGUAUCGCUUUUAAUUUCUAACUAAACUAACUUUUGGGUUUCAAGUUUAUUCUUUUUUUUAAAUCAUGUAUUUUGUAUGCAGAUCUAUUUUUAUCAAUUUAUUUUGUAUCAAAUCAUUUUUAAGCUGUUUUUUGUACGAAUUUUAAAGCCCUUGUCUGCUUUUUGUAUUCAAAUAUGUUUAUUAUAAAAUGCAUAACAUUAUAUGCAUUAGAAUAGGAAAUCCCCCUGACCAAAUGAAGGUAUGUAUCUGUGUCCAUCUGUUGGGCAGACGUGGUGGUGUAGAGUUAUUGGCUGAGGAUGUAGCAUGGACGGAGCUGAAUUUCAAUACCUUACUGUUUUACACCCUCCUAGUAAUCUGAGUCUUCCACUGAAGGAUACUGGAACAAGUAGAUAUGAUAUUGGGAGUUUCAUAUUUGUUAGCAAUGAUUUGAUGUGUUAUUGAGGCAACAAGUGUACUGCAUUCCAUUUGAGUAGAAUGGAGUCAUGACCAUUUCUCUCACAAACAACUGUCCUCCCCCUCCCAUCUCUCUACCUCCAUGAGGGGGUUACGGUCUAAGGCACUGCAUCUCAGUGCAAGAGGCGUCACUACAGUCCCUGUUU